CGCUAGUGUGCUUACUAAGCAGGCUCGCCAAAUUAGUUUUUUUUCUGCACAUAUUUUGUAUCUUUUGUUGAUGGCCCCUCCAAAAUAAUCAUCAAUAAGUAGUACAAUCUCGUACAAUUCAUUUGUUGUAUUAGUUAUGGUAGUGUUUUCUUGAUGAAUAUUUCUACCCUCUCCCACAUGGCGGGAUGAGGCUUCUCUUAAUUCGACACGGCGAGACCGUCGAUAAUGUUGCCAAUGUAUAGUAAGGCUGUCCGUCUGCAACACUUUCAAUCUUCUUUUUAGCUGACUUCUUUAAGUGCUGGCAUCACAGACUCUGCACUAACUAACCAUGGUGUACUGCAAGCCAAUCGACUUGGUACUCAUCUUGCAGCUUCAAAAAUCUCCAAAAUAUUCUCUUCCGACCUUCAACGUGCUGUCAAGACCGCAGAAGCCAUUCGUGCUGCUCAGGACAAUGGUACUUCUCUCGAGGUGACAAAGCUUGAGCUUCUUCGAGAACAGGACUUUGGGCACUACGAAAAGAAACCAUUUCAUGAACGUUCGAAAGAUUCAAACAAGACUGGCAAAGAAAUACAUUCCGAGGCACAUCGAAGUGAUCCUGGAUUCAAAGAUGUAGAGUCGAAGGAAUCGAUGAAGAGGCGGAUGGAGACAUUCGUCAAAGAGCAUUUGAUGCACCUCCUCGAAAUCAAUGACAACAAUCUUAAUGGUGAUACCAUCAUCGUCGUGGCUCAUGGUACUAUUCUAGGUCAUCUAUGGCGAGUUAUUUUAAGGCAAUUCAAUCCAAAGAAUGUCUCCAUUGGUCCAGAUGUUCCAAAUCCUGAACGGGGACUGGAAUAUAUUGGUGGUUGGUCCAAUACUGGUUACCUAGAGCUGGUUAUCAAGUCUAUCCCAAAUGUGUCGCCUGCCAAAGUUGGUUUGGUCCCUCCGGUAUCGGAUGAACAAUCAAAUGAUCAAACCUCAGUGAAACUAUCAAACCAUAAUGUUGACAAUGUUGAGGUCAUCAUGUCACUAAUGGUGAAUUCUGUUAACAAUCAGGAUCAUCUCAAAGGGCUCAAGAAAACCCGAGGUGGUUUGGGAAGUUUGAAACAUGAUCCUUCUCAAAGGACUAUGGAUUUAUUCUUCAAGAAGAGGAGGCUUGGAUGAUACAACUUUGGUAAGCACAUAUAUUUUUUUUAUCAGUGGGGCGAAGAGUAAUAUGAUGAUAUACCUUAUUCACAGACCUGUUCUGUAAUCUUCUAUGUGGACAAAAAAAGUACCAACUGCUGUCUGAUUACUCUUGUUCUAUAAUAUUGUUUUGGAGAUAAUAAUAAAGCAUUUUACUAACAAAUUUAAUAGAUUUUAUACUCCAACUGGCCAUUUGCCUUCUACACCGUAUGUUCAUUUCGUUUUAUCUUGAGGUCUGCGUGCUCCGGUAGCUACAUAGCUUAGUUUCUCAUCAAAAUUACACAUUUGCCAACCAUGAAUCAUCUUUUGCUGCUACAAUUUUAUGAAAACUUGAGAACUUUCGCAUCGUGAGGGCCCUAUUGUACACAUAAUAUUUGUUUCUUUCUUUAAAUAUCCUGCCAAAUUAACGUACUGUGUCUUUAUCCCAAUUUUCUCGCCUAUCGCUCCAUCACCCCCUGUCCAAGCAGCAAAAUAGGCAAAAUAAGCGUCUUACACCACCAACAGCAGUCGUACGAUAUUUAAGCGAGAAUAGUACGAUAUCGUACGAUUAGAUUCCUUUUCAACUCUGGUCAGCGAAUGGAGGGAAGUGUGCAAGUGGAAUUUAGGGACGAAGAAAAUAUUUGUUGCAUGUCUGGAAGAGGUGGAAGAGGUGGAAGGUGUGAGUUAGGGAGAUUUGUUGCAUAUCUGGAUUUUGGGGCCGAGUUUGGUGGUUUUGUGGUUAAGGGGUAAAAGGUGUGAGGGAAUUUCGUUGCAUUAUCUGCAUCUGGGCCCGAGUGUGUUGUUUUGUGGUUAAAGGGAAGAGAUUGGGAUAGGAAAGGGGAAAGGUGAGGAGAUGAAAGAUAUCUUAAGGGAAGAUUUGUUGCAUCUCUGGAUUUGGGACCGAGUGUGUUUGCUGUUUUGUGGUUAAAGAGAAGGGGAGGGAAGGUUGUGUGUCAUGGCUGAUAAGAGAACUAGAUGGGUAGGGUGAAGGUUGAUUGUGAUGCGUGAUGCGUGAUGAUGAUUCUUGUUGGUGUUACAAUACCUAGUGAUAAAAGUCGAAAGAUAGAAUUCCAUAG